ACGACAAAGUAUUGACUACAAAUCCUAGAAGCCCAGGCGGCUUCUCUCCCGUUGCCGGAAAACUGAAACGAGAGGCAUCUUCUUCUGUAAUUGCUCAUUCUGAAUGCCGCUGCUGAUCGGAGUUGCAUUUGGGAGAAGCCAAACGCGAGUAAGAGAUAAAAGAUGUCGGACCCUGAAAGCACUGUCAUCAAUACCAGUGUGAAACCAAAAGAUCCCAAAGAAGCUCUGGUUAUUGCUGUGAUGACAAGGGCUAUUUUCAACCUGGAGAAGGAGCACGAGAUCUUCUUGACCAAAGGAAAGGAUGAGUAUGUAAAGCAUCAGCGAGAAAAUGAGAACAACAGCUUGGAGCAAGGGACAGCCUUUGCUUUUGUUCAGGCUGUGCAGUUUGUGAACAAGAAACUUCUUGAAAGAAACCCUGAAGAAAAGAAGCUCUUUGAUGUCAUUGUUCUCUCCAAUAACAGCCCUGAGAGUGGUGCCCGCAUCAUUAAUAGUGCUAAACACCAUGGUCUGGAGAUCUCCAAGUUCUGCUUUGUCAGUGAUGAAGACUCUACCCAGUACUUGAAAAUCCAUAAUGUGAAGCUUUUUCUCUCAGCUGACAGAAAGGAUGUAUACAAUGCACUUCAGAGAGGAGUCUCCGCAGCACUCAUCUUCCAGCAAGAGAUACAGGCUCCCACCAACCAGCUGCGGGUUGUCUUUGAUGGAGAUGCAGUUCUCUUUUCUGAUGAAACCGACCGUGUCUUUCGUGAAAAGGGACUGGAGGGAGCUAUCGCGUAUGAGAAAAGUAUGGAAUCAGUACCCAUGGGAGAGGGGCCAUUGAAAGCCUUUGCUUUGCACCUUGGGAAAAUUCACAACAAGUUUGGUCAAGAGGACUCCCCCAUCCGCACUUACUUGGUAACUGCCCGCAGUGGCCGUGACAUGGGCAUCCGGACCAUCAAAACCCUAAGGAAAUGGGGCUUGGCAAUUGAUGAGGCCUUCUUCAUGGAUGGAGCUCCUAAAGGCCCCAUCUUGUCCAAAAUCCAACCUCACAUCUUCUUUGAUGAUGGCCUUCACAAUAUACAAGGUGGACUGGAUGUUGGUGUUCCCUCUGCCCUGGUCCUUUCUGGUGGCAGUGAGGAUGGAAAUGGCCAUAUUACCAUGUGAUUACUGAGCACGGUUUUGGACUGAAAGGACAAUGAAAUUUGGAAUUCUCAAUCCAGUCUGACCAUAGUUUGUAAUGAAGAAAACAAGACAUAAAAUCAGAUAAAGAUGAAGAAGAGGAGAACGAAAGCAAGGUCACUGCAAACCUUUCCGACAAUGGUUUUCCCUUGGGUUUUGCCUCUGCUCAAAUAUCAUUCAGCAGCCAAGGAGAAAAGCAGGAUUACCACCUGCUCUUAGAAGCCACUCCAUUGGGUUUUGCCUCUGCCUCACUGACAGCCAGUGGUUAUGAAGCCAAAAAACCUCAAACUUUGUGCAACAAUUUUCUUGUUUUCCUUCUCCCUCUCAUAUCUUUUUCUCUUACUUUAGAUCUUUUGAGAGCAAAGGCUUGAGGGGACAGAUGCUUUUUAAAAACUGAUAUGAGUUGGGUAGAAAGACUAUAAAUAAACAAAAUACUGUGCUGCUUUUGGAAUAAAUCAAAAAGCAAAGACCAAUUUAACCAGAGCGUCAAAAUAGAAAUGUUGCUUGAAGUCGACAUCUGCUUUCAUCUGCCUCCAUUUUUGCUCUCCACCAGCUUGUUUUAUGUUCUGUUAGGGCAAAGGAACUUUCUAAUUAAAUUUAGGCAUAGUGAAAUUGCAGCUCGACAUUUUCAGAAACAGAGGGAGAAUCCAUUCAAUUGAGAUAAAAACUAGGACUUGGCUUAUGAGAAAAAAUCAUCAAAAUUCCAGUCCAGAGCCUCUAUCCAAUUAACUCUGUACUCCAAAUACUGCUUCAAUUGAGCAUGGCUUUCUUCUCACAGAAAAAAAUGUAGUUGUAAAUUUAUUCAUUUUUGAAAAGCCUAAGCCUUUGCUGUGAAUCUUCAGUUCCCAUUAGCACAAUCUGGAAGGGGUUGAUAGAUGCUUCCAUUUGGGAGGCUCAUUUCCAGUUAUCGCUCCUUUAUUAUAAACAACUUGAGGAAUUACAGUUGGCUUUCCCCACUUCAGUAGGAUUGGUGCUGUGUGUGUGAGUAAAUACAUUGCAUACACACACACCUUGUUGCCCACAGUUGGGAACAUGGUGCACCAAUAGGUCUGGGGAUAAACACUAAUUUGAUAAAAUCAAUUACACUAUUAAGUUGGAAAUUUUCUUACAAAAAAGCAACUUUCUUAAAUUGAUAUUUAAACUGAAAUGUUUGACCUAAGUUUAAAUGUCAGCAUUAACUUAACUCCACGUUUAAGCUUUGUACAAUGCUUAAAAGCCGGCACAGAUUAUGAUAGUUUAAUUUACUCUCAAGGCUGUAUCAAACCAACAAGUAAUAAGGGCAGCUUGGAAAAGGAGUGGUCUUUGCAUCCAGAUGGCAUUACCUGUUGCACUGAAUUAUGAUGCCAGUAACCCUAGAACAGUGGUUCUCAACCAGGUGUUUUGGCUUACAACUCCCAGAAAUCCCAGCAAGUUAAGCUGUUAGGAUUUCUAGGAGUUGAAGGCCAAAACAUCUGAGGACCCACGGGUUGAGAACCACUGCCCUAGAAUUUUUUCUGGGAGGCAUGAGAAAAUCAGCAAUAAAGAAAUAAAUAACUAAUAACGAUGGAUGUCAUUUUCUAACUUCAUUAUGGUAAGGGUUUUAGUGCAGCCAUUCAGCUUAAAUUUUAUGAGGAAAUUAAACACAGAAUCAUAGAGUUCAAUUUCCAAUCAUGCAGGGAUACAUAAUCAAAGUACUCCUGACAGAUGACUAUCCAGCCUCUACUUAAAAACCUCCAAAGAAGGAGACUCCAGACACUCCAAGGCAGCAUAUUUCACUGUUGAAUAGCUCUUAUCAUCAGGAUGUUCUUCCUAAUGUUUAAGUGGAGUCUCUUUUCCUUUAACUUGAAUCCAGAUAACUUUAACAGGUUUCUCUUUCUAAUGUAAAUGCACCUUAAUUAUUUUUUUAGCUAGAUGCAUUAAUAGUUUUCUACUCCUAGCAUUCCCCAGCCAAGAUAAUAUUUCCACUGAAAGGAUAAUAUUUCCAAAAUGGGAUCAAAGUGGGAUCCUGUUCAAAAGAAGUGUGGGGCAGUUUACAUGUUGAUGAGUGAUGCACUACAGUACUUUACAUUUUUAAAUUAAAAAGUAGAUUUUUCUAUAAUCUGAGAAAAGAGGUUGAAGGCAAAUAGAGCAGGAUAAGGAUUUGAUAACAUAUAUAGAUGCUUUAUAAAAAGUAAUUUAAGUGUAUCUAUCCCAUAGCCGUUCUGAGUCCCUCCAUGGAGGUCAAGAAGAACAGGGUAUAAAUGUUUUAAAUAAAAAAAUAUGUACCUAGAAAAAUUAUCUUUAGUGACCUAUUCCUUUGCCUUUUCUUGAUUUCAUUUCAUCUUUAUAACUAUACAAAUCGUUGAUAAUUUUACAAGUGUAUUUUUCUUUUUCUUCAUUUUGUCAAAUACAAUUUUAAGUAAAAGCAAA